UUGAUUCGAUUCGCUCAUGUAACCUUGAUAUAGUGUAGACAAAAGCAUCUCUGUUUGAUGAUUUGUCAAUGGGCUUUAUGCGCAGUUCUUCUGGGCUAUCAAUUGAGGAUGAGGAGGAUAUUCGAGACAUUCAAGAAGUCUCAAUGACACGGUUUCGAAAUGAAUAGGAAAUAGAGACAAAGGUUUACGCUGAAAGCAAAAAUGACGCUUUUCCGGUCAUUAGUUCCCGCGUGCGCCGUGGUCCCGACUGGGUGUGGGAUAAUCAAGACCAUCAUGGGCCUGGAACCGUCGUCGGUCACUCAGAAGAUGAUUUUAAAGUGUAGGUCACAUGGGAUUUCGAUAACAUGACCACCGUUUAUCGGUAUGGUCUAGGCGCAUUUGACGUCAUAGUGACAGACGCGCCACGUACGUUGAAACCAGGGAAGACAAUGGCGGUCGGCUGUAGGGUGAAACCAGGUCGAGAUGCUAGAAUGCUAGAUGCUAUAUGGAGCGACAUUGCCUUUUCCACCCAAGGAGUGGUUAUACGUAAGGGCUCGCAAAAGGCACAUGUGCGCUGGGAGAAUGGCAAGCGUGGAGAUUACAGCUAUGGCAAAGAUGGUCGAUAUGAAAUAGAACUUUGGCUUGUGUAUGAAAACCUGGUGUACUAUAUGAUCCUGAAGAAGGCAUAUGAUGGGAAAGAAAUGAGAGCUUUCCGUGUCCUGUAUGGCAAGAACUAUGUGGAAAGUGGAUGGUUAGAGGAUGUAUGGCACUGUAAGGAAGGCGAUUUACACUUUAUGAAGGCAACUGUUUCCCCCAGUCAACCCGGUGUCGGGAGGUCAGAAUACUAA